ACCAAUAAUGGUCAGGGUAAGAGCUGAUUUACAAUGUUUUAACCCCAGGGACUACCAGGUGGAACUUUUGGAUAAAGCGACAAAAAAGAACACAAUCGUCCAACUAGGCACUGGUUCAGGAAAAACUUUCAUUGCAGUUCUACUGCUGAAAGAAUAUGGAGUUCAAUUGUUUGCACCAUUGGAUCAGGGUGGAAAACGAGCGUUUUUUGUUGUAGAGAAAGUAAACCUCGUUGAACAACAAGCUAUCCACAUCGAAGUUCACACAAGUUUCAAAGUUGGUCAGGUCCACGGACAGACAAGUAGUGGUUUAUGGGACAGCAAAGAACAAUGUGAUCAGUUCAUGAAGAGGCACCAUGUUGUUGUGAUCACAGCUCAAUGCCUUCUUGAUUUGAUUCGACAUGCGUACUUGAAAAUUGAAGACAUGUGUGUUCUGAUCUUUGACGAAUGUCAUCAUGCUCUCGGUUCUCAACAUCCAUACAGAAGCAUCAUGGUCGAUUAUAAGUUAUUGAAAAAGGACAAACCCGUCCCACGUGUAUUAGGACUCACAGCCAGUCUUAUCAAAGCGAAAGUUGCGCCGGAAAAACUAAUGGAACAGUUAAAAAAGUUGGAAUCUGCGAUGGACAGUGUUAUAGAGACAGCUAGUGAUUUAGUCUCGCUCUCGAAAUACGGUGCGAAACCCUAUGAAGUUGUGAUCAUCUGCAAAGACUUUGAAAUUGGGUGCCUGGGUAUUCCGAAUUUCGACACAGUUAUAGAAAUAUUUGAUGAAACUGUAGCCUUUGUGAACACCACAACAGAAUUUCAUCCAGAUCUAGAUUUGGAUCCUCGUAGACCGAUUAAAGAUUCUCUCAAGACGACGCGAGCUGUUUUUCGUCAACUGGGACCUUGGGCGGCAUGGCGAACGGCUCAAGUUUGGGAGAAAGAGUUGGGAAAAAUUAUAAAAUCUCAAGUGCUACCGGAUAAGACGUUGCGGUUUUUGAAUAUGGCAAAAACAUCUAUGAUUACGAUUAAAAGAUUGUUGGAACCGGAGAUGAAGAAAAUCAAAAGUAUUGAAGCUCUCCGUCCAUAUGUUCCUCAACGUGUCAUACGUCUUUUCGAAAUCCUAGAAACUUUCAACCCCGAAUUUCAAAAAGAACGAAUGAAGUUAGAAAAAGCAGAACAUUUAUCAGCCAUUAUUUUUGUCGAUCAACGGUACAUUGCAUAUUCGUUACUUCUUAUGAUGCGUCAUAUUAAAUCAUGGGAGCCUAAGUUCAAGUUUGUGAACCCGGAUUACGUCGUUGGAGCCAGCGGACGAAAUUUGGCGAGUUCGGAUAGUCAAGGAUUACAUAAACGACAAACUGAAGUUCUUCGCCGUUUCCAUCGAAAUGAAAUCAAUUGUCUUAUCGCUACAUCAGUGCUUGAAGAAGGUGUAGAUGUUAAACAAUGUAAUCUUGUGAUUAAAUUUGAUCGACCACUUGACAUGAGAUCAUACGUUCAGUCAAAGGGAAGAGCUCGGCGAGCUGGAUCAAGAUAUGUUAUCACUGUUGAGGAGAAAGAUACUGCGGCGUGUGAUAGUGAUUUGAAAGAUUUCCAGCAAAUAGAAAAAAUUCUUCUUAGCCGCCAUCGUACAGUCAACAAUCCUAUUGAAGAUGAUUCGGAUAGAUUUGAAGAAUUUGAUGUUGAUUCUCAAAUGGAACCAUAUGUUGUUGAAAAAACUGGUGCAACAUUGAAAAUGUCAACUGCUAUCGCAUUAAUUAAUAGAUAUUGUUCGAAGCUUCCUUCCGAUAUCUUCACUCGUCUUGUUCCACACAAUCAAAUCAUUCCAAUUGAAGAGAAUGGAGUGACCAAAUACUGUGCAGAGCUUCUUCUUCCAAUUAACUCACCGAUCAAACAUGCAAUUGUGCUCAAAAAUCCAAUGCCAAAUAAGAAGACUGCACAGAUGGCAGUUGCACUUGAAGCAUGUCGACAAUUACAUUUAGAAGGAGAACUCGAUGAUAAUUUACUUCCAAAAGGAAGAGAGUCGAUUGCCAAAUUAUUAGAACAUAUUGAUGAGGAGCCGGAUGAGUAUGCACCUGGAAUUGCUGCUAAAGUUGGAUCAUCAAAACGAAAGCAAUUAUAUGACAAAAAGAUUGCUCGUGCUCUCAAUGAAUCCUUCGUGGAAGCAGAUAAGGAAUGUUUCAUCUAUGCAUUCGAAUUGGAACGUUUCCGGGAAGCCGAACUUACGUUGAACCCGAAAAGACGAAAGUUUGAAGAUCCAUUUAAUUAUGAAUAUUGCUUCGGAUUUCUGAGCGCAAAAGAGAUACCAAAGAUCCCACCAUUCCCAGUGUUUCUUCGACAAGGAAAUAUGAAAGUCCGAUUGAUUGUCGCACCGAAAAAGACUACCGUAACCGCUGCUCAGCUUCAAGAGAUUCAACUGUUCCAUAAUUAUUUGUUCACACAAGUUCUUCAAAUGUGUAAAACGGGAAAUUUGGAAUUCGAUGGAACAUCAAAUGCACCAUUGAACACGUUGAUUGUUCCACUUAACAAGCGAAAAGAUGAUAUGUCCUACACAAUCAACAUGAAAUAUGUAUCGGAAGUAGUUGCAAACAUGGAAAAUAUGCCACGUAUUCCAAAAGAUGAAGUUCGUCGUCAAUACAAAUUCAACGCUGAAGAUUAUAAGGAUGCGAUCGUAAUGCCGUGGUAUCGAAAUCUGGAACAGCCUGUAUUCUACUAUGUUGCUGAAAUUCUACCAGAAUGGAGGCCGUCGUCGAAAUUCCCGGAUACGCACUUCGAAACGUUUAACGAGUAUUUCAUCAAGAAAUAUAAAUUAGAGAUUUAUGAUCAGAAUCAAAGUUUAUUGGAUGUAGAUUUCACAUCUACUCGUCUUAACCUUCUUCAACCUCGAAUUCAAAAUCAACCACGUCGUUCAAGAACUGUGAGUAACUCCUCAACGUCAAAUAUUCCUCAAGCAUCUGCUUCUGAUUCAAAAGAGUCGAAUACUUCCGUUCCACACUCUUCACAACGUCAGAUCCUUGUACCGGAAUUGAUGGACAUUCAUCCUAUCUCUGCGACUCUUUGGAAUGUUAUAGCAGCCCUGCCAAGUAUUUUCUAUCGUGUUAAUCAGUUAUUGUUGACUGAUGAACUUCGAGAAACAAUUUUGGUGAAAGCUUUUGGAAAAGAGAAAACUAAACUGGAUGAUAAUGUUGAAUGGAAUUCUCUGGCAUAUGCAACCGAAUAUGAAGAGAAACAAACGAUAAUCGUUAAGAAAAUUCAACAAUUGAGAGAUUUAAAUCAAAAAUCGAUUGAAGAUCAAGAAAGAGAGACGAGAGAAAAUGAUAAGAUUGACGAUGGUGAGGAGUUAUUCAAUAUUGGAGUUUGGGAUCCAGAAGAGGCAGUCAGAAUUGGUGUAGAAAUUAGUUCAAGAGAUGAUAGAAUGGACGGUGAAGAUCAGGAUACUGUAGGACUAACACAAGGACUUCAUGAUGGGAAUAUAUCCGAUGAAGACGAUGAACUGCCGUUUGUAAUGCAUGAUUACACAGCCAGGCUCACUUCUAACAGAAAUGGAAUUGGUGCAUGGUCAGGAUCUGAGUCUAUUGUUCCAAGCGGAUGGGGAGAUUGGGAUGGACCUGAACCAGAUAAUAGUCCCAUGCCUUUCCAAAUUCUCGGUGGACCAGGUGGUUUGAAUGUGCAGGCACUGAUGGCUGAUGUCGGAAGAGUUUUUGAUCCAUCUACUGCUUCGUCUUCCCUUUCUCAAACUGUACAAGAAUCGACAGUUUCACCUCCAAAACAAUUGACAAAAGAAGAAGAACAGUUUAAGAAACUUCAAAAUGACUUGCUGAAACAAGCAAAAGAGCGACUUGAAGCUCUAGAAAUGUCAGAAGAUAUGGAGAAACCGCGAAGAUUGGAGGAUACUGUGAAUUUAGAAGAUUAUGGAGAUGAUCAAGAAAAUCAAGAGGAUGAGAAUACACCAACAAAUUUCCCGAAAACCAUAGAUGAAGAAAUUGAAGAGUUGUCAAUUGGAGCCCGGAAAAAACAAGAAAUAGACGACAAUGCAGCUAAAACUGAUGUACUCGAAAGGGAAAACUGUGAAGUUUUGCCAGUUGCUAUAAAUGAAAAGUCUCGUUCAUUCUCUUUUGAAAAAGAAAGUAAAGCAAUAAAUGGACGACUUAUAAGACAACGAUCAGAGGAAUACGUGUCACAUAUUGAUUCAGAUAUUGGAUUAGGAGUAUCUCCAUGUCUUUUGUUAACUGCUCUUACUACUUCCAAUGCUGCAGAUGGAAUGUCAUUAGAGAGAUUCGAAACAAUCGGAGACUCUUUCUUGAAGUUUGCUACUACCGAUUAUCUCUAUCACACGUUGCUUGAUCAACAUGAAGGAAAAUUGUCGUUUGCACGUAGUAAAGAAGUUUCAAAUUGCAAUUUGUAUCGACUGGGCAAGAAAUUGGGAAUACCUCAAUUGAUUGUUGCAAAUAAAUUCGAUGCUCACGAUUCUUGGCUGCCACCAUGCUAUAUUCCAACUUGCGACUUCAAAGCUCCUAACACUGAUGAUGCAGAAGAGAAAGAUAAUGAAAUUGAACGAAUUUUGGAUGGACAAGUGAUUGAAGAGAAACCUGAAAAUAAAACUGGAUGGGACAUUGGUGGUGAUGUCUCGAAAAGCACUACCGAUGGAAUAGAGACUAUUACAUUCCCAAAGCAAGCCCGUGUUGGUAAUGAUGAUAUCUCUCCACUUCCUUACAACUUGCUCACCCAACAGCAUAUUUCGGAUAAAUCAAUCGCUGACGCAGUCGAAGCUUUGAUCGGAGUACAUUUGCUGACGUUGGGACCUAAUCCAACGCUGAAGGUGAUGAAUUGGAUGGGACUGAAAGUAAUUCAAAAAGAUCAGAAGAGUGACGUACCUUCACCUCUUCUACGAUUCAUUGACACUCCGACCAAUCCGAAUGCUUCUCUAAAUUUCUUGAACAAUUUGUGGCAGCAAUUCCAGUUUACACAAUUGGAAGAGAAAAUUGGAUAUCGCUUCAAGGAACGUGCUUAUCUUGUUCAAGCUUUCACACAUGCUUCGUACAUCAAUAAUCGUGUCACAGGAUGCUAUCAAAGAUUAGAAUUCCUCGGAGACGCUGUUCUCGACUAUAUGAUCACCAGAUAUUUGUUUGAAGAUUCUCGUCAAUACAGUCCGGGUGUUCUCACUGAUUUACGAUCAGCUCUCGUCAAUAAUACAAUUUUCGCGUCGUUAGCAGUGAAAUUCGAGUUUCAAAAGCACUUCAUCGCUAUGUGCCCAGGGCUUUAUCACAUGAUUGAGAAAUUUGUUAAGCUGUGCUCGGAGCGCAAUUUCGAUACUAAUUUCAAUGCUGAGAUGUAUAUGGUGACUACUGAGGAAGAAAUAGAUGAAGGCCAAGAAGAGGAUAUUGAAGUUCCAAAAGCGAUGGGUGACAUAUUUGAAUCAGUAGCUGGCGCCAUUUAUCUCGACUCUGGACGUAAUUUGGAUACCACUUGGCAAGUGAUUUUCCACAUGAUGCGCGGGACUAUUGAAUUGUGCUGUGCGAACCCACCAAGAUCACCGAUUCGAGAGCUUAUGGAGUUCGAGCAGAGCAAAGUUCGAUUCAGUAAAAUGGAACGAAUUCUCGAGAGUGGAAAAGUUCGAGUUACAGUCGAGGUUGUUAAUAACAUGAGAUUCACUGGAAUGGGAAGGAACUAUCGAAUCGCGAAAGCUACUGCUGCGAAAAGAGCUUUGAAAUACCUCCAUCAAAUUGAGCAGCAAAGAAGACAAAGCCCAUCAUUAACAACUGUUUAAAUUACCUCUUCACUUUCUGUGAUAUGCUAAGUAUUAAGCUAUGUGUUUCUAGGAUCUAUUGAUCUGAUUUUCCUAAUUCUCCAAUUUUUACUCGUUUCUAUUGAAUUUCAUAUGUAUUCUGAAAAUAUACAGUUUUACUUGUU